UCACAGCGCAUGCGCCAUCUGUCAGUGACGGGCUGCUGCUGCUGGGAGCCGGCGGCGGCGGGCUGGUGAUGGCGCAGAACGGUCCGUUGGGUCCUGAUCAGGAUGAAUCGGGAGGGCAAGACUCGGUUUUCCGACGGAGAAUCAGCUCGACCGACGCCCCGUCGUCGUCCGCCGGAGCUUCCUGGGAGAGACUGACUUCGGUUCCCCGGGCGCGGCCGCGCCUCGACUCCCUGCGGAAAAACAGGCCGCCCUUCCCUUGGUUUGGCUUGGAUAUUGGUGGGACGCUGGUCAAACUUGUCUAUUUUGAACCCAGAGAUAUCACGGCUGAAGAGGAGCAAGAGGAAGUGGAAAGCCUGAAGAGCAUCCGGAAGUACCUGAUGUCAAACGUGGCUUAUGGGCAAACUGGCAUACGUGACCUCCACCUGGAGCUGAAGGAUCUGACCUUGUGUGGUCAGAAGGGAAACCUACAUUUCAUCCGAUUUCCCACCCAUGACAUGUCUGUCUUCAUCCAGAUGGCACGGGAUAAGCAGUUCUCCAGCCUUCACACGUCCUUGUGUGCCACCGGCGGCGGGGCGUACAAGUUUGAGGAGGAGUUCUUGACCGUUGGAGGACUUCAGCUCUGGAAGCUAGAUGAGCUGGAUUGUCUCAUUAAGGGCGUCCUGUUCAUUGAAUCUGUUGGAUUUAAUGGACUAUCUCAAUGCUUCUACCUGGAAAACCCAAAGGACCCUGAAAAUUGCCAGAAAAUCCCGUACACCUUGAAGAACCCCUACCCAAUGCUGCUGGUUAACAUUGGGUCAGGCGUCAGUAUCCUGGCUGUGUACUCCCAGAAUGACUACAAGCGGGUGACCGGCACAAGCCUCGGGGGUGGCACGUUUUUCGGCCUGUGCUGCCUUCUGACCGGAUGCUCCACCUUUGAAGAGGCUCUGGAAAUGGCCGCUCUGGGCGACAGCACAAAGGUGGACAAGCUGGUGCGGGACAUCUAUGGAGGAGACUACGAGAGGUUUGGGCUGCCAGGCUACGCUGUGGCCUCCAGCUUUGGGAACAUGAUGAGUAAGGAGAAGAGAGAUCUGGUGAGCAAAGAAGACCUGGCCCGAGCCACCCUCAUCACCAUUACCAACAACAUUGGCUCCUUAGCCAGGAUGUGUGCUGUGAACGAGAACAUCAGCCGUGUGGUAUUCGUGGGCAACUUCCUCAGGAUUAAUACCAUUUCCAUGAAGCUUUUGGCCUACGCGCUGGACUACUGGUCCAAGGGGCAGCUCAAAGCGCUUUUCCUGGAGCACGAGGGGUACUUUGGAGCGGUGGGCGCGCUGCUGGAGUUACUGAACACCACCUGACAACAUGGCUGACGUCCCAGCAUCUAUUCAAAGCCAUAUCUCCCAUACUUUAUGCACUACAGACCGGGCCGGCAGCGUGUGCGCAGGGUGGGCUCUGCUCAGUAGACUGUUAUUGGUGAGCAGCCCUCCCCCACUACUUCUCUAGCUGCAGAGGCAGGCUCAGGUGGGUGGGAGUCCAGCAGCUAGGGGCCGUUUGUACUAGCAUGCAGUAUACAUUAGGGGGCGUUCCAGUAAGGGUAAUUUAUGGUAAGGCAGCAGUGGGUCAGUUGCGCUCACCUUUGGAGCCGCGCGCCCAUUGCACUGGUGGUGGAUGCUGCUAGCAUUUUAUGCCAUUUUUUUUUCCUCUUGCAAGCACCAUAAUGAUUGUAUUAUACUGUAUUUCCAUGUGAUUCAUCUGACUUUUCUUACUUAUGAUUAUUUUUUUUGGAUUAUUUUUAUACUUGGAUGAUUCCGGAUUAGACAAUUUAAAAAAACAGUGCCACCCUUGUACACAGGUUGUGUGUGGUACUGCAGUCCAGGCACGUCCACAUCAGUGAGCUGAGCUGCAGUUACAGACACAACCUGCGGAUUGGUAUGGCGCUGUAUCUGUCAGAAAUCAGCUGUGUCUUUCAAAAUCUGGACAACCCCUUUAAGUGUAUCCGUCCAAUCCACAGCACAGUUCAGUAAACUGUAAUAUAGCCGUGUGCUUGUGGUAAUCAGUGCCUCCUGAUUCUUAUUUUUUGGGCUGCUAGGCAGUACGGCCGGUAAGUCCGGCAUCACCGCCUCUAGGCCUAAAAUGAAAGGUUUCCCAAUAUCCCCUUAUAGAGGUUAGAGGUCCAGAUCCCCAUCUAGCCACAGACUUACAUAAUGGGCUCAGUACCUGCAGCCACCACUAGGGGGAGUUUAUUCAGCCCAUUAUUUGGAUUUCUAGACGACGCUUUCUGCAUGUAUGUAGCCCAUCAAAAUCCCAUCCAGUGUAGGGCAGUGGGUGGCGCUAUACAAACUAUUCCAUGUCAGACCGGUGAGCCGAACGGACUAAUCCGUAGCCGGAUACAGGACUGAACAAUGGUUUCCAUGGCUGGAGCAUUGAUUUAAGAGGGUGGGGUUCGCUCAAGACCGUAGUGUUCUGACAUAUUGCACUUUAGUAGAUAGGAUUAACCCUCUAAAAUGUGCCCUUCCAUAGUGCUGUGCAGAGACAGAUCACCUCCUCCCCCUCUCUGCUCCCAAUGUGCCAUUCAGAGACAGAUCAGCCCCCUCCAUGCUCCUAAAGGGCAAGUCAUGGGCAGAUCAGCCCCCUCCUUGCUCCCCUAGUACCGGUCAUGGACAGAUCAUCCCCCUCCUUGCUCCCCUAGUACCGGUCAUGGACAGAUGAGCCCCCUCCUUG